AAACUAAUGCCUGGUAUAUGGAAUUAUGGAUAGAUACGUGAUUAAAUAAUUUCUUUCUAGCUGGAAAUGUUGCCGUGAAUUAUUAUAGAAACCUGGAAACCGAUAACUGCAGAAUAAGUGCAUCGCUUUGCCUUAGAAAUUUGUUAAUCGCUGCAUCUCGGGAACCCGAUAUUAUCGUUCCAUCUUUCGCAUUUCGACGGCAAUUGCAGAUCGCCAUUCCAGAAAAAUUAACAAUAGCAGAUCCAUCUGCGUAUCGUCAUCGUCUUCUUCGACCCUAAUCCCCCUGAUUCAAUUCACAGAAAGGGGGAACAGGGGUGUGUAUUGGGAAACGAAAAAUGGGACCAAUAUACUAUAUAUUAGUGGCGCUUCCUUGCACGAUUGGGGCAAUUGCGUUGGUGCUUCUUCACAUUUACCGACAUCUUUUGAAUUACACUGAACCCACGUAUCAGCGUUAUAUUGUCCGCAUCAUUUUUAUGGUUCCUGUUUAUGCAUUGAUGUCUUUCUUGUCGCUUGUAUUCAAUAAGAGCUCAAUCUACUUCAAUUCUAUUCGAGAAGUGUAUGAAGCUUGGGUUAUAUACAACUUUCUGUCACUGUGCCUGGCAUGGGUAGGUGGUCCAGGUGCGGUUGUUUUAAGCCUUACCGGGCGCUCUCUUAAGUCAAAUUGGUGUUUGAUGACAUGUUGCUUCCCUCCUAUUCCACUGGAUGGACGAUUUAUAAGGAGAUGCAAACAAGGGUGUUUACAGUUUGUGAUUCUAAAACCUAUAUUGGUGGCAGUUACUUUUCUACUUUAUUCACAAGGAAAAUACAAUGAUGGGAAUUUCAGCGUGGCACAAUCCUACUUAUAUCUCACCAUUAUAUACACCAUUUCAUACAGUCUGGCACUCUAUGCUUUGGCCUUGUUUUACAUGGCAUGCAGGGAUUUGCUCCAGCCGUUUAAUCCCGUUCCAAAAUUCAUCAUCAUUAAGAGUGUUGUUUUUAUGACCUAUUGGCAGGGUGUUUUGGUUUUUCUUGCUGCAAAGUAUGACUUUAUAAAAACCGCAGAGGAAGCAGCUCAGUUCCAAAACUUGAUUAUCUGUGUUGAGAUGCUUAUUGCUGCUGUGGGUCAUCUUUAUGCGUUUCCGUACAGAGAGUAUGCUGGUGCGAAUGUGGGUGCACCCCGUGGCUUUACAGCUAGUCUUGCACAUGCUUUGAAAUUGAACGACUUCUAUCAUGACACCGUCCAUCAGUUUGCACCGACAUACCACGAUUACGUACUGUACAACCACAGCAGCGACUCGGGGGAAGAAAACGGGGGGACGAAAUACAGGGCACGCACUUUUGUCCCAACGGGGUCAGAGAUGGACACGAUUAGGAAAAGCAAGGAUCUUCCAGGAGGGAAGUUAAGUGACAUACAGCUAUCAGUGUCAAGUAUGUCAAAUUCCAAUUCAGGACAUACAACCCCGGAAAUUGGAAGUCCGACUAAAGAAAAGGUACCGACUCCUUCAUCAUCGCUGCUAGUGGAUGUCUCCGAGUCCCCGUCAAUAAUACCCUUUGACCUAUCACUUGUGGAUAUUGACAUGUCUGGUUAUGCGGAUGAGGUGCCUGCAGUCAAGACACCCGAGACUAGGUGAAACAGAAAAACAUGUUUAAAAUAGUUUUCUUCAUUUGUUAGAGAUACCGUGUGAGUGUGAAUGAAGCUUUUCGGUCGUCUCUCCUUUCAUAAAAAUAGCUCUGUACAUGUAUCGGAACGUAAAACAAAUACUUUUUCUCAAAAAAUUACUUCUAGA